AUGACAGACUCUCAACUUCGCCUUUUGUUUGGCAUCUUGAACAUAUUUGGAUUGCUUCUACUAUCCUUUAUACCAUGGCCAAGUCCACCUCCGAUAUUUAUUGGGCUGCCCGCAAUAAUACUUCAACUUAUCGCUGUCUUCUAUAAGAUCGAGUACGUGCACAUGGUCUGGCGAUGGAUCAGAUAUGAGCCUGUGCAACCUCCCUCAAAAGAUGACAAGCUACCCUUCAUCAGCAUCGUUAUACCAGUCUACAACGAGUCCGAGUUCGUUAAAAACUCAAUCAAGUCUAUCGAACUCUCAGACUAUCCUAAAGACAGGAUUGAGUUGAUUGUUAUCGAUGAUGGCUCUACUGAUGAUACAUGGGAACAUGUAAACAAGGCUGCAGGCUCAGUCUCCAUUUGCGGUAUAACACUUCGACUCUUACAACAUGCCGUCAACAUGGGCAAGAGGAAAGCCAUUCAGUCGGGAUUCGCUACUGCACUCGGAAGUAUCAUCAUCUCCCUUGACUCAGAUAGCGUCGUGGAGAAGGGUGCACUUCGCAACAUCGUGAGCCCUCUGAUGAGGGAUCCUUCGAUCGGUGCUGUAGCUGGACAUCUGGCUGUCUUGAACAUCUCGAGCCACAGCAUUUUCUCAUUCAGGAGCCUUUUGCCGCGUCUACUUGACAUCGUCUUCGACCAUAUCGGUAACCUGCCUCGCUCCGCACUAUCAGCUGAGGGGUUUGUCACGAUUCUCCCGGGGGCCUUCUCGGCAUUUCGUGCAGAUGCAGUGCAGUCUCAUAUCGACAGGCUAUGUGCAAGCACCUUCCUUGGCUCACCUCUGAAGCAUGGCGAAGAUAUGGAGCUAGCAUACCGCAUUCUCUGCGACGGUUGGAGAACGGUUUAUCAGAGUAACGCCGUUGUUCAUACAAUGGCUCCUGAAACUCUUGAAAAGGCGUUGUUGAUGUUUUCUCGAUGGGAACGUACAAACUAUACCUUUCUCUGCAUGGGAUAUCCGGCUUUAACAGUGCAGAAGACAUUGAGACUAUGGCUUGCAAUGCGGCCGAGACGCGUUCAGUCCUUGGAAUUCGUGGACAAGGAAAAACAGGAAGACGAACCAUUUAUUACAAAAGACGGCACAGGAAGCAUAUAUCCAUUUAUCAACGUGGCAUGCAUCUGGCUGAAAGGGCCACUGAUGCUCUUGGUCACCUACACGUUGCUGAGAUGUGUGAUUCUAUACCCCAGACAUGCGCUUUGGAUAUUAUUGGAGAUCUCGAUCCUGACAGUUUGGAGGAGCUUCAUGCUUAUUCCAGAUGCCCUUCGAGAAAAAGAUACGGAAUAUGUUUCUGAUGUUGGCGGGCUACAAAUCUAUCACACAAGUGAUCUUUCCACUUCCUUCAGAAUCUGGGAUGGCUAG